AUGGAAGAAGAUACAUCAGGAGGAACUUCCAAAAGAAGGAAGCCGAAUGGCAAUAAUAAUACCAAUUAUUCAUUGUUUCACAAAAACGUAAGUCGUUUAAGUGGAAAUGACGCAAAUAAUAGCCAUCCCAAGCAGUUAACUCAGAAAAAUGAGAAGACAAAUAAAAAUAUGCCGUCCGCAUCGAUUCGUAAUAAUGCUCAGAACGUGCCCCCUUUGAAUACAAAUUCAAAUGCAAAACAAGAUGUUUCGUAUCCCAAUAUCAAGCGCAAUGUUAGCAACACCCACAUGAGUAACAGCAAAAGAAUGUGCACCAAUAAUCGAUCAGAAGAUCAAGGUCAUCCCUUUUUGAACAGGCUUCCGGAAAGAUCGUUGUGCGUGGACUAUAGCGAAACGGAGAGGAGGAACUCUGCAAAUGCACCGAGCAAAAUAUUCAUUAAGGACAGCUUAAAAAAUACAUAUGCAGACAAUACAAGAGCUAGCAAAAACUCGAAACAGAAGCAACAUAAAGUGGGCCUUUCAUCGAAUGAGUAUACAACCUAUAAAGUUACAACGGAGAAUAGAACGACAUAUGAUCAUGCAAGGAAGCUAAAUGACAUGUGGAAUAUUUACGUGGAUGAAUUACUCGAUUUGACAAAAACAGAAGAACUGCCCCAAGACACAAUUAAUGACAUGGAAUUGAACGGAGCGGAAAUUGAAAUCCACAAAUCCCGUUGUGCAUCAUAUAUUGGAAUCAAAGGGAUAAUCAUCCUGGAAACGCAAAAUGCAUUCAAAAUAGUAACCCCCAAGAACAAGGUCUUAAUACUACUAAAAAACAAAACCGUAUUUAUCCUUACCAUAAAAGAUAAGCAGUAUUACCUGCAUGGCGUCCAGCUGCUCCGCGACCCCGGCUUAAAAUCAUCCAAAAAGUACAAAGUGCUCCAAAACAGGACCAUUUAA